UAUCCGUAGUUCAAUUCACUACUGAAGUCUCCGCUCCUUCCUUCCUGCCUCGCGACCAUGGCAGCUCGCGCGCUCUCCGCAACUUCCGUAAUUACACUCAAACACAACCAAUUAGACUCCAGUAGAUCCACAGGAAAGCCUUUGGCAGUACAUGGAGGUCUAAGAAGCCAAUGGCUGGGGUCUAUUCCCACGGCCGUGUUGUCACUCCAUUCUUCGAAUCUUAGGAAUUUCCACAAAGAGCGCCCUCGCGUUAAUGCUACAAUUUCGUUCAGUCUUCCCGCAGCAAAUCCCGACAAAGUUGGUGGCACUGACAAGAUUCCCAAAUGGUCAUCAAAGGCAAUUAAGUCUUUUGCAAUGGCGGAAUUGGAAGCAAGGAAGCUCAAAUCUCCGACAACAGGCACAGAAGCUUUACUAAUGGGGAUUUUGAUCGAGGGAACCAGUUUUGCUUCGAAAUUAUUGCGAGCAAGUGGAAUUACUCUUCUCAAAGUGCGCGAUGAAAUUUCAAAGCUGCGGGGAAAGCCUGAUAUGUACUACUUCAGUCCUGAGCAUCCUCCACUGACUGAAGAAGUUCAAAAGGCCAUUGAUUGGGCUAUUGAUGAAAAGAUCAAAUCUGGCGAUGGUGAAGAAAUUACGACGACACAUCUCCUCCUCGGAUUGUGGCACCAAGAAGACUCGCCCGGCCAUAAAAUCUUAGCAGCUUUCGGAUUCGACGAAGAUCAAGCUAAAGUCCUGCAUUCUUUGAUAUCUAAACCUGGAUUUGUGGAGAUAUAAAAGUUUCUUUGCAGGUUGAAAUUUAGCUAUUGUUUGCGACGAUAUUCUCAAAAUUUGAACAUAAUCUACAAUGCAAAUUUGCAGUAAUGGUCAUACACUGCUCUCUUUGCAUUCGUCACAAGAGUUUUACACAAUAUAUCUACUCCCUCUGUUCCACUACUCUCUUAUAAUACAAAUAUACAAUAA